AUGGUCAUCACAAAUGCCCAAAACACUGCUUUCUUCACCCAUGAUGAUCAGAUGGCAAUCCCACCAGGAAUUUUCGCUCCCCAUCUGAAUCAGCAAGGCAUCACAACAAUAGAUUCGCUCAAGGAGUUCAAUGACGGCAUGCUUGAUGAUAUUCACAAGCACAUCACAAGACAUGGCCCUCCAAAUGUUGUCUUCAGUGCCCUGUCUCUUUCGCGCCUCAAGGCCGCUGCCUCUGCUGUCCGAUUUUACCUUGCUACUGGCAGAGCACUCACUGCAGCAUGUAUGAGAUGGACAAAUACACUCAUCAUGUAUCAAGAGGAGCGUGAAGCACUCAAGAUUGCUCAAGAGCGGGAGGAUCCAAAGGUACCAUGUGUCAGCAAAGCUUUGCCCAUCAUGAAAUGGCUUGCUGCCUUUAGAUCUAUCAUCCAUGAGAGCUAUGGUGAUAAUGCACGAGUAUUUGCCAAGCUGGAAGAAGCGCUACGCGGGACGACUUAUGCUUUGUCUCUCACCCCAUUUGAGCAGACAAGAGAUGGAAGAGGUGCCUUCUUUGCCAUUGUUGCUCAAUAUCUUGGUAAAGAGAAGUGGUCUAAAGAAAUUGAAAAGAACACUGAUUUCAUUACUGUUCAAAAGUGGAAGGGAAACGGAACUUUUCCCUUGGAACGAUUCAUCGGAGGACAUUGCAAUGCCCACCAGGCGCUCCUUACUGCAUCUCAACAUGUGGAAUACCAGAUCCCAAAUGAGCAUACAAGGAUUGGAUACCUCCUUCGGGCGCUCCACACAACCGAUCCUGGGCUCCAUGCGACUAUUGCCAACAUUGAGGGCAACGAAGAUCCCAAUGGACCAAGAUAUUCUUUUGAAGAAUGUGCACGAUUGCUCCAACUUGCCGACCCGGUUGCCAAGAAGAACAAGCGCAGUCACGCACAAAUCUCAGAUACUACUGUUACCAUUGAUGAAUCAGCCAACCAAACCAUUGAGAUUGCGUCUCUGCGAUCUGGAAUUGGAAAGACUGGCGUUCAUCUCCGUUUCUACAAGAAAAAGGAGUUGGAUAAGCUCCCUGCAGAGCAAAGAGCUGAGUUGAAAGCUUGGCGUUUGACACCUGAAGGGAAGGCUGCAACGGCAAGAGAUAGAGCUGCAAAGGCUAAAGCUCAUUGUGGAAACUCGUCUUCAAAGAAAGAAGGAAAAAUAUCGGCUGCUGCUUUUGAAAAGGAGCUGAAAUGA